AUGAGGCCACAAACGGCAUCGCUCAGGCGGGCGCCCAUCAAAAAUAUGUUGACCCGAAUCCCAGCCGGAGCACGCGGGCUCAAUGCGACAGCACUUCCAUUGCGCGCGAAUACCAAUCGACCUACACUUCCCCGACCCAGCACAUGCUUUCAACAGCAAAGAUGGAUUACACAAAAAUACAUUCAACGUAUGAAGGAUGGCGAAGAGGAGUGGGCUGGCUUUGCGAGGCAGAUCAAGGCAGGGAAGAGACAGAACUUUGCGCAACACCUAGAGGCACGAGGGUUGAUUCAUGAUGUGGUUGGCGAACGCGACUUGCUGCACAAUGUCCUCACGGAGAAACGCGCUGGCAUCUACGUUGGCAUUGACCCGACUGCUCCCUCAAUGCAUGUUGGGCAUAUGCUUCCCUUCAUGGUUUUGGCCUGGGGCUAUGUCUGGGGCCUACCAGUUACAUUUUUGCUUGGCGGUGCUACAUCUCGAGUCGGCGAUCCUAGUGGUCGAUUGAAGGGCCGCGAUGCAGUGCACUCUUCGAUCCGAAAGGCCAACAUGGCUAGCAUGCAUAUGCAACUCAAGAAACUGGGCACCAGUAUUGAGCAGUACGGCCGGAGACACGGAUACGAACGACAGCCGAUGUGGAAGCGGGCCUUGACGAACAAUAAUACUUGGUGGAACUCAAUGCCGUUCCUUGAAGUGCUGCGAGAUCUCGGUGCCUACAUGCGCCUUGGUCCCAUGCUUGGGAGAGAUACUGUCAAGACACGACUGGAAGGCGACGGUAUGUCGUUUGCCGAGUUCUCUUACCCGCUUCUGCAAGCUUGGGAUUGGUGGACUAUGUUCCAAAAGGGAACUCAAAUUCAAGUUGGAGGUGCCGACCAGUAUGGAAACAUCCUGUUCGGUAUGGAGGCUGUCAAGUCUAUCAGUCGGAAUACUGCGGACGAGCAAGUCCGUGACCCGCUUGAGUCCAAAAUCGACCACCCCAUCGGCUUCACCACGCCGCUUCUCACCGCACCUAAUGGCGAGAAGUUUGGGAAGUCUGCAGGCAAUGCUGUUUGGCUUGACAAGGACCUGACCUCUACAUUCGAACUGUACCAAUUCUUCGUGCGCACGCCCGACGACGUCGUCGAACGGUACCUCAAGUUGUUCACCUUCAUUCCCUUGCCUGAGAUCGCCAAAAUCAUGGAAGAGCAAAAUAAGGACCCAUCAAAGCGCGUUGCACAGCAUGCGCUCGCCUCUGAAUUUGUCGAGCUUGUGCACGGCAAGCAGGAAGCCGACGCAGUCGCUCUCCAACACCGUCAGCUCUUCCGUCCACGAGGCUCGACAGCUGCCCCUACCCCCCUCCCCAAAACCUCCACUCCUCCUGCCAGUCAUUUGCGAUCCAUCACUGCUGGCUUCGAAACACCCCAAUCCGGAAACCCCUAUGCCCCCCAAACCAACUUCGCCAACAUGGGCGAUAUGAAAGUGACCCUGCCUGAAUCACUAGUGUUCAAUCAGCCAUUCAACAAGGUUCUUUGGUCUGCCGGCCUUGUUUCCUCCAAGGGUGAGGGUCAUCGUGUCAUUGUGAACAAUGGCGCCAAGGUUGGAAGUCGCCCCGGUGACAGUGGCCCGAUGACCGACCAGUUGUCGUUCACCCCCAUCCGUAUUUGGGGCGCCGAGAAAACCAAGGAGUUUGUCUUAAACGGCAACCUCUUGAUGCUCAAGAUGGGCAAGUGGAAGUUCAAGUCUGUUAACAUCGUAAGCGACGAGGAAUUCCGCUCGCAAGGGCUCACUGCUCCUGGAUGGGAGGAACUGAACGAGCCCGAGGCCGCCGAAACGACGGAAUCGACGGAGUCAACCGAGUCCAAGGCAUGA